GGAAAAAGCAUCCUGUGCUCCCCCAGCCCCGCAGUGAACAGCAGCGUGUGCCGCCCCGGUGCGAGACAGAGCUGGGAAAAAAAGGUCAACAAUGCAGUUCCUAGCCUGGUUCAAUUUGUUGCUUCUCCUUCCUUGUUUUGGUACCACCAAAACCUGCUUCCCUGGCUGCCACUGCGAAGUGGAAAGCUUUGGUCUCUUUGACAGCUUUAGCUUGACCAAGGUGGACUGCAGUGGAAUAGGCUCACACAUUGUUCCUGUCCCAAUCCCUCUGGAUACCUCCUACUUGGAUCUAUCAUCAAACAAACUGGAAACAAUCAAUGAAUCAAUGCUUACUGGCCCUGGAUACACCACCUUGGUGAGCCUUGACCUGAGCUACAACAAAAUUGCCAGGAUUUCCUCCACAACCUUCUCCAGGCUUCGGUACCUGGAGUCCUUGGAUCUGAGUCAUAACUCUCUGGAAGUCCUUCCAGAGGACUGUUUCUCCAGUUCUCCUCUGGGCGACAUAGAUUUGAGCAAUAACAAGCUUUUGGAUAUAGCUAUAGACAUUUUUGCUUCAAAAGGUCAAGGAAAACCCCUGAAUGUGGAUCUAUCUAAUAAUAUGCUCAGCACAAUUACGAGGCAUCGUGAAAAGAGCAUCCCCAACAUCCAGAACUUAAAUCUUUCUGGAAACAGGCUAAUGUCUGUGCCAAACCUUCAAGGGAUUCCUCUCCGAUACUUAAAUCUUGACGGGAACCCUCUAGUCAAGAUUGAGAAAGGAGACUUCAUGGGGCUGAAAGAUUUGAUUCAUUUAUCCAUCAGCAGUCUGCAUGGCUUUGGAGAGUUAUCUCCUUAUAGCUUCAAGGAACUAUCAGCCCUCCAAGUUCUGGAUUUAUCCAGCAAUCCCAACCUGAAGUCACUGACUGCUGAAGUUAUCUUUGGUCUGAACUCCCUACAAGAGCUCAACCUCUCUGGGACAGGUGUGUCAUCCUUGCCAAAGACUGUGCUGAAAUACCUGCCUUCCAUCAAAAGCAUCACCCUGGGGAAGGACAUACAGUGUUUUAAGACCAUCAAAGAAGGACAGUACCACCGACAAAUUGGGCUGACCAAAAAAGAGGUCCUCAGUUGCCACGACAGCCAUGGGUCCGUAGCAGCAGCGCCUUACGUUUCGUGAUGAAAGCUGGGGAGAAGGGGUGGGGAAGGGAGGGUGGGGGGCUGUGGGAUUUGUACAGGUGUCGGACUGAGACGGCUUGCAGUGUGCCUUUUGUAAAACUGUCAAUAAUUUAUAUAUUUGUAUAUGCCAAUACUUGAUUGUUUGUGGAUUUUAUAAACUCUCAAAUCCUGGCCCACAACGUCUGCAGGCUCCAGAUUUUGCCCAGUGCAUUGAGGUCCUGCAUACAGCCCGUUAGCUCAAGAGCAGUGAUGCUGGACAACGGGGACCUAGCGGCUCUGCAGGUCCUAGGGCAGAACAGCUGGUCUGGAGCAAAUCUUCAUGCCCCGGGCAUGUUUGUAGGAGCAAAGCUGUCUCUCCAGAGCACGCACCAAAAUGUUCUGACU